CUCUGUGUGGACAGAAUUCGGGACCGACUGACGGACGGACGGCUGCCCGGGACGGAAAGGCUAAAUUAAUUACCCACCCAGCACAGCAUCUUACAGGAAAAGCAUAGCACUUCCUAGAGGAGUAUGAGCAUAAUAGGAAGGUGUCAUUGACUCUGAAUUAAAAUUUUAACCUGUCCCCUGAACAGAUACAGGAUUUGGAAGCUGAAUCAAUGUUAUCAGAUGAGUUAGAAUCCAAACCAGAGCUGCUGGUACAGUUUGUUCAGAAUACGUCCAUCCCACUGGGACAGGGGCUAGUAGAAUCAGAAGCUAAAGACAUUACUUGCUUGUCCCUCCUUCCAGUGACUGAGGCCUCAGAAUGCAGUCGGCUAAUGUUACCAGAUGAUACUCCAAAUCACACUAACUCCUCCAAGGAGGUUCCUUCCUCGGCUGUGUUGAGAAGCCUUCAGGUGAAUGUGGGUCCAGACGGAGAAGAGACGAGGGCUCAGACUGUACAGAAGUCUCCGGAGUUUUUGUCCACUCCAGAGUCUCCUAGCUUGUUGCAAGAUCUACAGCCAAGUGAUAGCACUUCUUUUAUUCUUCUUAACCUAACAAGAGCAGGUCUGGGCUCUUCAGCUGAACACUUAGUAUUUGUACAAGAUGAGGCAGAGGAUUCAGGGAAUGAUUUCCUCUCCAGUGAGAGCACAGACAGUAGCAUUCCAUGGUUCCUCCGGGUUCAGGAGUUGGCCCAUGACAGUUUGAUUGCUGCUACUCGUGCACAACUGGCAAAGAAUGCGAAAACCAGCAGCAAUGGAGAAAAUGUCCACCUUGGUUCUGGUGAUGGGCAACCGAAAGAUUCUGGGCCCCUUCCUCAAAUGGAGAAGAAGCUCAAGUGUACAGUUGAAGGCUGUGACCGGACGUUUGUGUGGCCAGCUCACUUUAAGUACCACCUCAAAACUCAUCGAAACGACCGCUCCUUUAUCUGCCCUGCGGCAGGUUGUGGGAAAAGCUUCUAUGUACUGCAGAGGCUGAAGGUGCACAUGAGGACCCACAAUGGGGAGAAGCCCUUUAUGUGCCCCGAGUCUAACUGUGGAGAGAAGCCUUUCCUUUGUGAAGCCCAAGGAUGUGGCCGUUCCUUUGCUGAGUAUUCUAGUCUUCGAAAACAUUUGGUGGUUCACUCAGGAGAGAAGCCACAUCAGUGUCAAGUCUGUGGGAAGACCUUCUCUCAGAGUGGGAGCAGGAAUGUGCACAUGAGAAAGCAUCACUUGCAGCUGGGAGCAGCUGGGAGUCAAGAGCAGGAACAAACUGCUGAGCCACUAAUGGGCAGUAGUUUGCUUGAAGAGGCUUCAGUAACCAGUAAAAACCUGGUGUCUAUGAAUUCUCAGCCCAGCCUUGGUGGAGAGUCCUUGAACCUACCAAAUACCAAUUCUAUCAUAGGAGUUGAUGAUGAGGUGCUUGCUGAAGGAUCCCCACGUCCUCUGUCUUCAGUGCCUGAUGUGACGCAUCAUUUGGUGACCAUGCAGUCAGGGAGGCAGUCAUAUGAGAUGUCUGUCUUAACUGCCGUAAAUCCACAGGAGUUACUAAACCAAGGAGAUUUAACUGAAGGGCGGACAUGAGCAUGGGUGCUGACUCCUGGAAGAGCAGCUCUACCUGAACCCAGAGUGCAUGCAGUGGGAACAGGAUGCUUAUGGCUCACAGUUUGCCAGAACCAAAAUGAAUCUGUGAAGGACAAGACCCCACUUUUGCCUCUGUUCAUCUUUCCUGGCCUAGAAGAUGACUGUAGGAGAGCUUCUAUUCAACUACCAUCUGAUUCAGACAAGGAAGAAAGCAGUGAAUGUGGGCUGGGUAACUGUACCUACCUCUCUUCCCACUGCACAAUUUUGGGAUAGACUUCUCCCAAAAGUGAAUUUGAUUAUUUGUUGGCUCAAGUUUCUCAGUAAGACUGUUGAGGGAAGGUUUUCCUUUGAAGAGUUUUCAUCCCAUACUGAGCUGUCUUUUCACAUGGGUGAACUAAAUCCUGCCACCAACCAUAAAACUUCACCAAGAAGUUAAGCUUUCAAGAUGCCUUGUUGCUUUCGAGAAGGGAGU